GCCGCGGCCGCGCUGCCUGCAGCAGCAGCAGCAGCGGCAGCAGCAGCGGCAGCAGCAGCUGCUCCUCCCCGGCGGCCGCCCCCCGCGGGUCCCUCCCUGGUUGCGGGAGAGACAGAGGUAGAGGGAGGACACAGCGCCGCGCCGCCCGCACCGGAGACCUUCGCCUCGAUCUGCCGGCUCCUCAACCUCUGGGAGGAACAUGGAUAAUCUCAGUGAUACCUUGAAGAAGCUGAAGAUAACAGCUGUUGACAGAACUGAUGACAGUUUAGAAGGAUGCUUGGAUUGUCUCCUUCAAGCCUUGGCUCAAAAUAAUACAGAAACAAGUGAAAAAAUCCAAGGAAGUGGCAUACUUCACCUGUUUUCAAGUCUGUUGAUUCCACAGUCUUCCUGCACAGCCAAAGUAGCUAACAUCAUAGCAGAACUAGCCAAAAAUGAAUUUAUGCGAAUUCCUUGUGUGGAUGCUGGAUUGAUUUCACCACUGGUGCAGCUGCUGAACAGCAAAGACCAGGAAGUGCUGCUGCAAACGGGCAGGGCUCUAGGAAACAUAUGUUACGAUAGCCAUGAGGGCAGAAGUGCAGUUGACCAAGCAGGUGGUGCACAGAUUGUAGUUGACCAUUUAAGGUCACUGUGCAGUAGAACAGAUCCCGCCAAUGAGAAGCUCUUGACUGUCUUUUGUGGCAUGCUGAUGAACUAUAGCAAUGAGAAUGAUUCACUUCAAGCUCAGCUCAUCAACAUGGGUGUUAUUCCUACCUUAGUUAAAUUACUGGGCAUCCACUGCCAAAAUGCAGCUCUUACAGAAAUGUGUCUUGUUGCGUUUGGCAAUUUAGCAGAACUUGAGUCAAGUAAAGAACAGUUUGCCAGUACAAACAUUGCUGAAGAACUGGUAAAACUCUUCAAGAAACAAAUAGAACAUGAUAAGAGAGAAAUGAUUUUUGAAGUCCUUGCUCCGUUGGCAGAAAAUGAUGCUAUUAAGCUACAGCUGGUUGAAGCAGGCCUGGUAGAGUGUCUACUAGAGAUUGUUCAGCAGAAAGUGGAUAGUGACAAAGAGGAGGAUAUUGCUGAGCUCAAAACUGCUUCAGAUCUAAUGGUUUUAUUACUUCUUGGAGAUGAAUCCAUGCAGAAAUUAUUUGAAGGAGGAAAGGGUAAUGUGUUUCAAAGAGUCCUGUCUUGGAUUCCAUCAAAUAACCACCAGCUACAGCUUGCUGGAGCCUUGGCAAUUGCAAAUUUUGCCAGAAAUGAUGGAAAUUGUAUCCAUAUGGUAGACAAUGGAAUUGUAGAGAAACUGAUGGAUUUACUGGACAGACAUGUGGAAGAUGGGAAUGUAACUGUGCAACAUGCAGCGCUAAGUGCCCUCAGAAACCUCGCCAUUCCAGUUGUAAAUAAAGCAAAGAUGUUAUCAGCUGGAGUCACAGAGGCAGUUUUAAAAUUCCUUAAAUCUGAAAUGCCCCCAGUUCAGUUCAAACUUCUGGGAACAUUAAGAAUGUUAAUAGAUGCACAAGCAGAAGCUGCUGAACAACUGGGAAAGAAUGUUAAGUUAGUGGAGCGUUUGGUGGAGUGGUGCGAAGCCAAAGAUCACGCUGGUGUCAUGGGGGAGUCGAACAGGCUGCUCUCUGCCCUCAUACGACACAGUAAAUCAAAAGAUGUAAUUAAAACCAUUGUACAAAGUGGUGGCAUCAAGCAUCUAGUUACCAUGGCAACUAGUGAACAUGUAAUAAUGCAGAAUGAAGCCCUUGUUGCUUUGGCACUAAUAGCAGCUUUAGAAUUGGGCACUGCUGAGAAAGAUCUAGAAAGUGCUAAACUUGUACAGAUUUUACACAGACUACUAGCAGAUGAGAGAAGUGCUCCUGAAAUCAAGUAUAAUUCCAUGGUCCUGAUCUGUGCUCUCAUGGGAUCUGAAUCCCUACACAAGGAAGUUCAGGAUUUGGCCUUUCUAGAUGUUGUAUCCAAACUUCGCGGUCAUGAGAACAAAAGCGUUGCUCAACAGGCCUCUCUCACAGAGCAGAGACUUGCUGUGGAAAGCUGAGAUCCGCCCCUCCCUGCUACAUCUCUGACUUUCCCUUUGUCCUCCAUCCAGCUGCCUCUUCUGCUUCAUUCUCCUCCACAUCACUUGUGCAUGCGUGUAAUGUUCCAGUACCAAUUGAAGAACUGCUGUAGGUACCUGCCCAAUAAGAUUUCUAAACCCACAGUUAGUGUGAACAUGAAUUUGUCAAAGGCAAGUCUCCACCCAUAACUGUUUUCUUGUGUUCCUGUUGCUUGAGCUACACGGAGUAGAAUGUGCAUGUUGUAGUCCUCUGAUGAUGUAAACUUGGUACCACAUGAUGACUUGCUCCUCAUCCUUGGUAAACUACAUAAUAAUGUACUGGUAAAUUAGAAACAAAUAAGAAUGCAGCAGGACCCAACCAGCUUGUGAAAGAUGGAAUUGAAUCGUAAAAAGAGCUCCAUUUAUUGGUGCUUGGAAAGCACAGUGACCAAAAAAAACCUGGAUGGCUGCUCAUUCAUUCGUCUUACCUACUAAUGUCAAACUCAUGGUACCUAGAGUUAAAUAAAAUCCAGUGCUCUUACUCUUUACCCUAUGGUUUCUCCUUCUUCCUAUGUAGACUCUUGAAACGGCCACAAAUGGGGCAAGACUUCCUGAGCUUGUCUUAUUUCAUAUUUAAUUGGCCAUCAUCAGUAGCCUGAUGUUAAAAACCUUUGUAGUCUUCAGCGUGAAACAAAGGGGUCGAAGACUAUUACACUAGGACAUCUUGUUUUUCACCUGUAUUUUAGAUUCUGAUAUAUGUGUAGUUCAACUCAGAAUUCCUUCCAUCAAAUUAAUCAGCAUUGUCCAACACUUGUCUGUCAAAGUCACUUGGUAUUUGUUUUCAUCCGAGAAAGUUGAGUACAUCAUUAGAGAAUGGAUUUUUUCUUUUCCUCAUUCAGCCUAAAAGCGAGACGUUUCCUCAGUCUUAGCCCUUUUAUAUCUUAUAUUAGGACUAGCAGGACAUAUGAAAAGAGAUUAAGAAAUGUUUGUCAAGACUAAAGAAAGGAAGCAGGUUCUAAAAGCCAUAACAGCCAGUCCAGUUUGCUCUGCAUAUGGCCUCAUACCAGUAGCUGUUAGAGUUUCCCACCUUCACUUUCCACAGAGAACUGCAGUCAGUCUCAAAGUCUGUCCAUCAGAAAAGUGACAGUGCCACGACUCAAGAGCUGAGACGAUCCCUUUGGCAAAUGUAGAAUACUCUUCACUGCCACUGCCACCGCCACUACCAAAUGGGGUUUUUAGAGCUUUGAAACACAAUCUUUGUAAAAUAAUCAGAACAUCCCUGUGACUCACCUGCCUUCUCCCCAGGCCCAAGUUUGGCAAAUACUGGCUGAAAGGUAAGAUGGGCUCCCUCCUCUCCAGCAUGAGAUGCUGCACAGCUUCACGGGUGACCGAAGUUGGACUUUUGACUCUGAAAUAGCUAUGAUUCAGAGAAGUUAAAAUCCUAGUGGGGGGCAGAGAACCUUUUUAACUGUUCCCUUUGAUGCCAAGAAAGGGACUAUUAUUGUGAAUGCUUAUGCUACACGUACUGUAAGAAUGAUCUUGUCUAUUGUCUUCUCCUGGGAUGGACGGUGGACUAUAUUUUAUUAUAGGUUUUGAAAGACGUCUGUAAUGUUGCAUAAUAGGCUGUCCAUAUUAAUAUCUAAAUAAAUAGUAUAUUAAACUGUAA